GCAGAUCUGAUGAAAACAAUAGAGCCGAAACCAAGUCCCAACAGAUCUGAUCCGACUCCGGCGUAUCUCACCCCUAAUGUGGCCUUCCGUCGGCUCCAUCUAUCCUCUCAAACCAAACGCCCUUAUACUCGUCUUAUGCAUUUGACCCAGCUUCUUCACUGCUCAAAGUCUCGUUGCUGCCGGAAAUAACUCCAGUCCAAGCUCUGCCCCGCAUCUCCGUCCGGACGUAUCCCGGCCGUGCCACGGACUUUUAAUCCCUAUUAGGUAGAACAUACUCUAAGUGGAGUGUCCAAGGUGUAUAGUGUAGUGCCUCUGGUCUGACGAACGAUAUAUCCCAAAGUUUGGGUUGUCUAAGCUUCCCACGGAUUAGCAUUUUUUUGAACAUGAUGUGUAGUGAGGAUAUAUCACUCGAGGGGUUAGAGGAAGAGCUAGAAGAGUGUAAAAAUGAUGAUGUAGUUGCAAAUAUACUAUCUGAAGGCAUGAAAUUAAGGGAAUAUACAAAGGGAGUUGAAAACAAUUUACGGCAGGUUGAACUAGACUCAAUCCAGGAUUACAUAAAAGAAAGCGACAAUCUAGUCUCACUUCAUGAUCAAAUUCAUGACUGUGAUAUAAUUCUUUCACAAAUGGAAGCGCUGCUUAGUGGGUUUCAGACAGAAAUAGGCUCUAUAAGCUCAGAUAUAAAAAUCCUUCAAGAGAAGUCUAUGGAUAUGGGACUGAGGCUGAAGAAUCGCAAGGUGGCGGAGUCAAAACUGUCAAAAUUUGUUGAAGAUAUUAUUGUUCCACCAAGGAUGAUAGACAUUGUUACUGAUGGAGAGGUUAAUGAUGAAUAUAUUAGAACUUUGGAGAUUUUGAGUAAAAAACUGAAGUUCGUUGAAGUAGACCCGAUGGUUAAAACAUCACAAGCCCUAAAAGAUGUUCAACCUGAACUUGAAAAGCUAAGACAGAAGGCAGUAUCAAAGGUGUUUGACUUCAUGGUUCAGAAAUUAUAUGCAUUGAGGAAACCAAAAACAAAUAUACAGAUCCUUCAACAGAGUGUUCUUUUGAAAUACAAGUUUAUUAUAUCCUUUCUCAAGGAGCAUGGAAAGGAGGUGUAUCUUGAGGUUCGAGGAGCUUAUAUUGACACAAUGAACAAGGUUUUAAGUGCACAGUUCCGUGCUUAUAUCCAAGCACUAGAGAAACUGCAACUGGAUAUAGCAACGUCUAGUGAUCUAAUAGGUGUUGAGACAAGAAGCAGUGGCCUUUUCUCCAGAGGGAGAGAGCCAUUAAAGAAUCGGUCUGCAGUGUUUGCUUUGGGGGAAAGAAUCAACAUUCUCAAGGAAAUUGAGGAACCUCCAUUAAUCCCACACAUCGCUGAAGCCAGUUCAAAGAAGUAUCCCUAUGAAGUUCUCUUUAGGAGCUUGCACAAACUGCUUCUGGAUACAGCCUCUUCUGAGUACCUUUUCUGUGAUCAUUUCUUUGGGGAACAGUCUAUGUUUUAUGACAUAUUUGCAGGUCCUUUUGCCGUAAUUGAUGAACACUUCAACUCAAUCCUUCCAAAUUCAUUUGAUGCAAUUGGUCUGAUGCUCAUGAUUCGAAUCAUUCACCAGCAUCAGCUUGUAAUGUCUCGCCGCCGAAUUCCUUGCUUGGAUUCAUUUUUAGAUAAGGUCAAUAUUGCGUUAUGGCCUCGUUUCAAGAUGGUAUUUGACUCGCACCUCAAUAGCCUGCGAAAUGCUAAUAUCAGAACUCUCUGGGAGGAUGAUGUUCAUCCACAUUAUGUCAUGAGACGUUAUGCAGAAUUUACUGCCUCACUUAUUCAUCUUAACGUUGAAUACGGAGAUGGUCAGAUUGAACUCAAUAUGGAGAGGCUUAGAAUGGCUGUUGAUGAUUUGCUAGUCAAGCUUGCCAAAUUGUUCCCUAAACAAAAGCAGCAGACAGUGUUUCUAAUAAACAACUACGAUAUGACAAUAUCUGUCUUGAAGGAAGCUGGUCCAGAGGGUAGCAAAUUUCAGCAGCAUUUUGAGGAUUUACUGAAGAACAACACUGCUCUAUUUGUGGAAGAGCUACUGCUGGAGCACUUCAGUGAUCUUAUUAAGUUUGUUAAGACAAGAGGAUCCGAGGAACCAAGUUCAGGAUCUCAAAGGCCCCCUGCCAUAACAGCCUCUGAGGUCGAACCUAUAGUCAAAGACUUUGCAAGCCGAUGGAAGGGUGCAAUAGAGCUGAUGCACAAUGACGUAAUCACUUCUUUUAGCAACUUCCUCUGUGGCAUGGACAUUCUUAGGGCGGCCUUAACCCAGCUGCUUCUUUAUUACACGAGGCUUUCGGACUCUAUGAAGCGAAUUGCAGGUGGCACUGCUCUGAAUAAGGAUCUCGUUUCCAUAUCUUCAAUCAUGUAUGAGAUCAGAAAAUUUUCGCGGACCUUUUAAUAUUGCUUCUUUCAGACAGCUGUACCCUUUUACGGUCAGAGAUCUGAUGAAUAUAUUACAUAAAGGUUAAAUUGUACGAAGUAUUUUGCUUCAAUAAUUGUGUGAAACUUUUCCACAUAUAUCCAUAUUACUUCAAUUUGUCUUCAGUGAUUUUUACUUAAAAAUAACUAAAAUGUGUUCGUUACAUUG